AGUUGGAGAGGACGACUGACAAGUGCAGCGCGGCUGCUGCCCGCAGACCCUGAGGACGCCAUGCUGAGACUCGCGCUGCUGUGCCUGGCCGUGGCAGCCGUGAGGUGCGCGGAGCCGCCCUCGCCAGCAGCCAUCAUCGGGGACCCGGCGCGCUACUCCGCGCUGCUGGGCUGUCUGGGCGGCCAGCAGGAGCACUGCGAGCCCUGGGUGCAGGACGUCAGAGCGCACAUCCCGGACGCCCUGAAGACGGGCUGCGCCGCCUGCCCCGCGCCGCACAAGGACUUCAUCAGGACUCUGACCCUGCACGUGAAGAGGACAGACCCCGAGCAGUACCAGGCGCUGCUCCUGCGCCUGGACAAGGACAAGGACUCCGACAGCGGGCCGUUCGCCAAGUUCCUGGAGUCCAGCGCCUAGCUCCGGCCUCGCCUGUAGUCGCCCAAUAAACACUGCGCAGAGGG